AGAAUAUUUGUUUUUCUUCUCUAUUUUCCUUUUAUUUUCCGUUCUUGUUAUUCUCUUCCUGCAAAUACAGUAAUAUACAUUUUAGUUUCAUCAAUUAGGCCAACACAAAUUUUACAUACGUAAUUUCCAAGCCGUUCUCAAAAGUUUUCAAUCUAAUUAGGACGUCCAGGUGCACCUAUUGAUUCUUAUUUCCAACGACCUUACAUGAAAGAAAUAUAGAUUCCAAAUGCAUGAAUGAAUGAACGUAGAAGAGUAUUGAUUUUUUCUGUAUUUCUAAAAAAAUUGAUUAAUUUUAGCUUACAACCGUUUCAGGUUGACAAUAUAUUCGCAUAUUCAUGGCUCCGAGCAAGCUUAGAAAGGCCAUUGGGGCCGUGAAGGAUCAGACGAGCAUUAGCCUAGCCAAAGUUGGCAGCAGCGCCUCCUUAUCCGACCUCGAUGUGGCCAUUGUGAAGGCCACUAGGCACGAAGAGUACCCGGCCGAGGAGAGGCAUAUCCGCGAAAUCCUUAGCCUAACGUGCUACUCGCGAGCGCACGUUGCGUCCUGCGUUAGCACCAUAUCCAGGCGCCUCAACAAAACCAGAAACUGGGUUGUGGCUCUGAAAUCACUGAUGCUGAUUCAGAGGCUGCUGGCCGAGGGCGAUCCUGCGUACGAAAAAGAGAUUUUUUUUGCCACCAGACGCGGCACUCGCCUCCUCAACAUGUCUGAUUUUCGUGAUACCUCGAAAUCGAAUUCGUGGGAUUAUUCAGCAUUUGUGCGGACCUACGCAUUGUAUUUGGAUGAACAGCUUGAAUUUGGGAUCCAAGGGCGCAGGGGGAAACAUAGUGCAUAUGCACAUCAAGAAGAGGAUGAAGAUCCGGAAGUUGGGUCCAAAGCCACUGUUGUAAGGGGCACUCCCGCGAGGGAAAUGACUAAUGAACGAGUUUUCUCUAUGGGUCAUCAUCUUAUACAACUUCUUGAGAGGUUCUUAGCAUGCAGGCCAACGGGUCAAGCGAAACAUAACAGGGUUGUCACCAUAGCUCUCUAUCCUAUAGUUAAACAGAGUUUCCAUCUUUAUUAUGAUAUAUCAGAAAUGCUGGAGAUCUUGAUUGAUCGGUUCAUGGAGCUUGAUAUUUCAGAUUCUGUAAGAGUUUUUGAAAUCUUCUGUCGUGUUUCAAAGCAGUACGAUGAGCUCGACUCAUUCUAUGGUUGGUGUAAGACAGUGGGAAUAGCACGUUCUUCUGAAUAUCCCGAUGUUGAGAAAAUCACACAAAAGAAACUCGAUGUCAUGGAUGAGUUUAUCAGAGAAAAAUCUAUGAUGUCUCAGAAGAGUAGGGCUAUGGAGGCGAAACCCGAACCUGUUGAAGAAAAACCUAAGAAGCCGGAACUAGAAGAAGAAGAAGACAUGAAUGCAAUCAAAGCAUUGCCACCACCACAAGGAUUUCCCGAAGAAACUGAAGAAGAGGAAAAGAAAGAAGAAGUGGAGGAGCCGAAAAAUGAAGCACUAAAAACUCAAGAAGUAGGUAAUUUGUUGAACUUAGGUGAAGAUACAGGAGCUGCCACUGAGAAUCGAGAAAAUGAAUUGGCUUUAGCUUUAUUUGAUGGCAAUCUCUCCACAUCUGCAGCUCCAACAAGUACAAUUCCCCCAUGGGAAGCCUUUAAAGAAUCUGGUGAUAAUUGGGAAACAGCCCUGGUUCAAUCCGCCAGCCACCUGUCUAAUCAGAAUCCAACCCUGCCGGGAGGUUUUGAUACAUUGAUGCUUGAUGGUAUGUAUAAACAGGGAGAAACAGCACAAGCAGCAGCUUCUUCAGGACUUAUAACCACAGGAAGUGCAAGUAGUGUUGCUCUAGGAUCAGCAGGGAGGCCAUCCAUGCUGGCACUACCAGCACCACCAUCGGCCGAUGGUGGUGCCACCCAGUCGUCCUCGAAUAACGACCCUUUUGCGGCCUCGCUUGCCAUAGCACCACCACCAUAUGUGCAAAUGUCUGAGAUGGAAAAGAAGCAGAGAUUGUUAGUAGAAGAGCAGAUAGCAUGGCAGCAAUAUGCAAGAGAUGGAAUGCAAGGGCAUUUAGCACAAGUACAAUUUAACAGGGGAGGUUACCAUCAAAGCUAUUGAAGCUUUUGCUAGCCUCGAAUUCCUUAAAUGUUUCUAUUUGGGUAGUGAGCUAUUUUAUCCAUUUUCACUUAUUUUCUUUAAAUCUUCUUCGACCUCGUAACAAAUGUAACAAUGAUUUUGAACUAAUGAAUCACUAAUGGAGAUAGAAAAUUGAGGUGACUCAAUCUUGAAAAAGGUUUGUAACCAAACGGUGUCAAGAAAUAAUCUUUGUAACAUU